AUGAUGAUCACAAAACUCUUUACCUUGACACUCUCUAUGCUGCCGGUGUCAGUGUCAGGUCUUGCUAUGGCCACACGUCCCAGUGCCAUUUCUGCAAGAGCCGUAGACAAGGACAAUUCAAGCCUUGCUGAUUCUGUCAAGUUUUACUUUACAACAACCCUCGAUCCAACCACUAGUCUUGAGUCUGCGAAUUGGACGGAAAUGGAUGGACCCCCAGCAAAUGGCGAUCGCGCACUUUGCAUUGACUGUCCUUGCACCAUUGACCGGGAGGUUGAUGUUGAAGUCACCGACUCUGGAACUUGGUGGACUAGUUGGUGCCAUUUUCGCCAAGGUGUAGAGCCGGAUGGAAUAGUCUUCGUCACCCAGUUCAAAUCUACAACAGUCACUUGGAGUGCCGGUGUUGGGAUCACGCUACCUAUGCUUGGAAAAGCAAUCAAAGCCAAACUUGGAGUUUCUGUAGAGAAUACCAAGGGGCUCGGGAUUGGCGUUGGCUGCCAAGGUGAUCAUUCCUGGUCCGGUACGCAUGCCAUAUACUUCCAAGAGAAGAUGGGCUGGGGGAAUCUGAAGAUUACAGAGACCUUCACCACGACUGGUGGACCACAAUGCCCACACAGAAUCAACACUAGGACUUCAUUCGGUACAUCAAGUUGGCCAGACCCAGAUAACACAGGCUUCCGACAGUUCCAGCCUGGGUGUAGGGAUCCCCAGAAUGGUAAUGGACCCUGGUGUGACUUCUUUGCAGACAAUCUUCAACAUACUCAGUAA